UCCAAAUAGCAGAUGCAGGUACAUAAGUUUAGUCUAGACCACAGUUCGGCCCAGCCCUACAGUACUUGUUCACCUCACAUCAUUCCCGCAAUCGAUCACUGUGCCUCACACUCAACCUUCACCUCCUUCAGUUCCUCUCCUCGCUCCUCUCGUGGUCAAUCUUGAAUACAUCACUCAACAACAUGUUUACGAAACUUCUAUUCUUCUGCCUCUCAUUGGCGCUCCUCGCCUUUCCAGUUGCGCUUGCAAAUGAACACGCCAAAUGCUACUGUGUUAUCAACGACGUAUCUCAUAAGUGUCUCACAGAAAAGGCUUGCGAUGUUUACCGGACGUCGCAAAAGAUUUUCGAAAAUGACAACCCGCAAAACGUUAACACCACAAUGCUGUGGCACGUCUGCGCAACUAUUGCUCCUAAGGAUGGCGGCCGGACACGGUACGUCUCUGGAUUUGGCGGCAACGAGUUCAAGGACUCUUGCAUCCAGGCUCAGAACUCCGGUGUAUGUGCCGACGCCAGUGGUACUAUUGGCUCGAAGUGCGAUUAA